AUCCAUGUAAUUUGUCCGUAUGUCAACACUGGACUAACAUCGGUGCCAUUCUUUCAAGCAAAAACAAAAAAAAAUACUUUUGCCGAGUGUUGUUGGGUGUUCUAUGCAAUAUUUUGCGUAAUUUACAUUAAAUUACACGCGAAAAAUGGAAGAUCCAGCUGAUGAAUGGAAUUACAUUGACGUUAUGAGCAAAAGUACACCGGACGACAGUGAAAAUACGGUUGAAGAUGUCGAUAAAAUUGUUGAACAGCAGCCGUCUGAUACUGUUGAAAGUGGCCAAAGCAAAAAUGGCGGAACAACUUCGAAGAGUAAAUCCGGUCAACACAGAAAUCGAAAUAAAAAGGAUAAGAGCGAUGAUAAAGGAGACAACGGACAAAAACAACCCACCAAACAAUCAAAUGGCGAAGAAAAUCCGAGACGUAAUCAACAAAACAAUGCCAACAAACACCGUGGCGAAGACUAUAUGAUCAUCCAUAAAAUAAAGAAUCUUCGAGGUCCAUUCUUUGACAUCGCACCGAUCGAUCAUGAAGAAAUUAAAUUUUCCGGCCGCAAUCGAUUGUACGUGGGCAAUCUAUCCAACGACAUAACGGAGGAGAACUUAAAGCAACUGUUCAAGCCGUAUGGUAAAAUUGACGACAUCUUCUUAAAUACCGACAAAACGUUUUGCUUUGUGAAGGUCGACUAUCGCGCUAACGCAGAAAAAGCAAAAUUAGAAUUGGAUGGUUCGAUGCAUAUGAAUCGGACGAUUCGCGUUCGUUUCGCACCGAAUGCAACGACGAUUAAGGUGAAGAAUUUGUCGUCUCAUAUUUCGAAUGAGUUGCUGUAUCGGUCGUUUGAGGUGUUUGGAAAGGUUGAACGCGCUGUCAUCAUCGUUGACGAUCGUGGCAAACCAGCUGGCGAAGGCAUCGUCGAAUUCGCUCGAAAGUCCAGCGCAAUGAGUGCCAUUAGAUUUUGCAGCGAAAAAUCAUAUUUUCUAACAUCGUCCUUACGUCCAUGCAUAGUAGAGCUUCUCGAACACAUUGACGACACUGACGGUGUACCCGAGCGUACAUUUAACAAGAAACACAAUGACUUUAACUUAGCUCGCCAGCUAGGACCUCGCAUAGCGUAUGAUGGUUCAUUCGAGCACGAGUACGCUCUGCGCUGGAAACAACUAUUCGACCUGUACAAGCAGAAACAGGAAGCACUGAAACAGGAAAUGAUGAUCGAGGCGGACAAAUUAGAAGCCCAAAUGGAAUACGCUCGAUUCGAACAUGAAACGGAGGUGUUGCGUCAACGGCUGCGUAUGCGUGAAGGUGGCAAUUCACGUCGCAACGAUUACGAACUGAAGGAACAGUUGCAACGUCAAAUGCAAUAUAAUAUGGCUCAGCACAUUGGAUUGCGCGAGGCUGAACUAUUGCAACGGCAACAGCAGAAUGCCAUUUUAAUGCAGGUCGCGCAGGUACAGCAGCUAUUUUCAAUGCUAGAUUCACAGAAUGGUCAGCCGAUGGGUCAUGGUUCUGGUAAUGCUACCGGUUACAAUCAUGGACGGAAUCAGGCAAACAAUGACAAAGGCAAACCAUUUCGGAAAAAAUCUAAUCAAAACGGAGCCGUUAAAAGAUGAAUGAACUGAACGUUUGCUUUUACUGUGCGUGUAGUUAUUUACACCUUAAACAUUUACACCCACACAAACACACACCCAUACACACCGUAUAAUAAUAUUUAAUUAGCAAAAUAUGGCCCACAGUUUUAGAACCGUAAGAAUGUGA